AUUUCCUUCUAGGCUUAGUCCUCACCAUUGUUCCACAACUCUGAACGGCAGCUGCUGAGAAGAUGAUCCUAAAUGAAGCUCUGAUUCUGCGGGUCCUUGUCCUGACUACCAUGAUGAGCGCCUGUGGAGGUGAAGACAUUGUGGCUGACCACGUUGGCUGCCACGGCGCAACCAUCUACCAGUCUUAUGGUCCCAGAGGCCAGUACACUCAUGAAUUUGAUGGAGAUGAGCUGUUCUACGUGAACCUGGAAAAGAAGGAGACUGUAUGGCGACUGCCUAUGUUUAGCAGAUUUGCAAGUUUUGACCCACAGGGUGGACUGAGAAACAUAGCUGUGCUAAAACACAACUUGGACAUCUUAAUUAAACGCUCCAACUCUACUGCUGCUACCAAUGACGUUCCUGAAGUGACGGUGUUUCCCAAGUCUUCUGUGAUGCUGGGACAGCCCAACCUCCUCAUCUGUCUUGUGGACAACAUCUUUCCUCCUGUGAUCAACAUUACAUGGUUCAGCAAUGGGCAUCCAGUCACAGAAGGUGUUGCUGAGACCAACUUCCUUCCCAAGGAUGAUCAUUCCUUCUCCAAGAUCAGUUACCUCACCUUCCUCCCUUCUGCUGAUGAGGUUUAUGACUGCAAGGUGGACCAGUGGGGCCUGGAUGAGCCACUUCUGAAGCACUGGGAACCUGAGAUUCCAACUCCAAUGACAGAGCUCACAGAGAGUGUGGUCUGCGCCUUGGGGUUGGCCGUGGGCCUCGUGGGCAUCGUGGUGGGUACCAUCCUCAUCAUCCGUGGCCUGCGCUCAGGAGGUGUCUCGAGACACCAAGGGUCCUUGUGAGUUGCACCCUACAAGAAAGAAAGGUACAAUGUCCAUCUACAAGAACAGAAGAGUAGACUUGCUAUGUGACCUAGCACUAUUGUCUGGCCAAGUUCAUCAUAUUCCUUCUCUCCUCCUAAGGCUCUUCCUCUCACUUCUUCUCUGGGACUUAAGGUGCUGAAUCCCCUCAGAUCUCACCUGCCCCUCUGAAUCCUCCCAUCCCUGAUAUCCCGAUUUUUUUCUUUUCUCAGUUGUUACCUACCAUGGGGAUCGCUUAGAUAUUCCACUUAGCUACCUAAUCCCUCAGCGAUUUUCAUCCAGUAUGUCCAUGGAAGCAAUAAACCUCCCAUUAUGAAGUCUUUUAUUGCAUUUUUUCCUCUCUUUCAUCUCAAGGCUGACUAGGAUCAUGGCUAAGAAUGGGAGCUCCUUAUAUUUCAGGACCCUUUAAUUUCAUUUGCCACAUCAUGUUUCAUGUCCAGUCGUACAGGAGUAACCAAGUGUUAUGAAUUGGAUUGUGUCCCCCAAAAUAUGUGUUGGAAUCCUAAGCCCUAUACCUGUGGAUCUAAUAUAAUGUAAUCAUUUUCCAUAAUGCAGUCUAAGGUAAUGUAAUUAAUCAAUCAGCUAAGUUCAUACCAGUGUAGGAUGAAUCCUAAACCUAAUCACUUCUGAGUUAUAAAAGCAACAUAGAAGCAGAGACGUGCAAGCACAAACCUGGGAAAAAAGACACUAUGUGAAGAUCACCAAGGAAUCAAGGACACUGGGGAUACAGAAGUUGAAAGAGACAAGGUUCUUCCCCAAGAGCUGACAGAGAAAGAGCUUUCCCCUAGAGCUGACACCCUGAAGUCAGACUUCUAGCCUUUUGAACUAUGAGAAAAUAAAUUUACUUCUUUGAAGCCACCUUUUUGUGGUAUUCGUAUUGCAGCAGCACUAGGAAACUAAGACACCAAGUACAGUCUAAGAAUUUUUAGACAACUCAGCAGAGGUUAAUAUUUUUCUCUUCCUGUUGUUCCCAUCCUUGACCACUGCCAUUUACUCCCUCCAAUUCAGAUAUCAAUGAAAGGAAUAUAUACCCUCUGCCCUGGUGGUGUAACAGUUAAGUGCUCGACCACUACUGAAAGGUUGGUAGUUUGAACACACCCAGCAGCUCCACAGGAGAAAGACCCGUUGAUCUGUUCCCACAAAGAUUACAGGCUAGGAAACCCUAUGGAGCAGUUCUACUGUGUCACACGAGGUCGCUAUGAAUCUAAAAUUGACUGGACGGCACCUAGCAACAACAGUCCGCAGUGUAGACUUGUUAUAGCAGAAAUACAAAAACAAAGAAAUAAGACUGUAGUUAUUUUAAGAAAACUUUUAAAAGUUAUGACAGAGAAAUAAACUAGGAAAAAUAAAAUUUGAAUCUCAAAAGUACCUAAAGUCGGAAAUUGACCCCAAAACUUCAAAUUUGUGAAGAAUGAAUGAUGAUAGUAGAGGUUUUUCCUUUUCCCUCCCUAUUCUAGAGGAGAUAAGAAUACUCUAGGCAGGAAAAGAAAUGGAGGCCAGGAGAGCAUUAGAAUAAAACAAUGAUGUGAGUAUCUGAGAAGGACCAAAUAUUUUGCCCUUACUUAAGGUUAGAAACAGUGGGAAAGGGAUGGGGUAGAAACCACAGGCAUAUUUAAGAGUCCUAGAGCAGAGGUGUAGUUCACCUCACUUCCUAGAUGAAGCCCUGCUAGAUGACCACGUAGAUACCCCUGUGUGAUCAGGCAUGUUGGUGACAGUAUGGUGAAUAUGGCUGCAGGAUAUUCUUAGGCCUGUAACCUAAAUUAGGCUCACUGAAUCCCCCUGUGCAUCCCUGUGUGCCCUGGGGAGCAGCAAAAUACCCCACUAUCCUCUACCCCUUAUUCCUCACCCCUUCAGGCUAAGGAAGGCAUGAACCUAUGAAAGAGAAAUUUUAGGAGGGACAUCACAGUUGAGAUAAUACAGCAGCAGUUGUGGGGUGCUGCAUACGCCACUGAAUUCACCAUAUCCUAGUAGAAACUCUUGUAGAGGAAAUUCUCUGCUCUCCCGACUGAGUCCAAGACCUCACUCUUGAGAGUGUAUGUGUUGAAAUUAUUUUAGCAUGUUGUCUCAGUCUUUCUACUCUUCAACUACUGAGCCCAUACGUUGCAUCUAGGAUGGUAUUGUGGAGUGGCUAUAAAAUCUGAUACUGUCACUGUCCAUGCCAUCUAUAUCAGUGACCUUAAGAUGUACUUGUGGGAAAAAGAUAAACCAUUACCAGAAUAAUAGAUAGAGUAUAGUUUGGUGAAAAGAGACCUAAAUCCAAAUCCAGGCCUCAGCAUGUUAUAGCUACUACUGUAAACUUUACAACAUGGAUAAAAUAUUUAACAGUUCUGGACCUUAUUUCCCUCAUCCAUAAAGUGGUAAUAAUAAUACUGCCCUUGAAAAGAUAUUGAAAGGAUUUGAAUAAUCUUGAUAUACAGCAGUGCCUUACAUGUAUGUGCAAAUACAUAAGAAAGCAUUGUUUGUUACAAUCAUAAUCACUUUCUAAGAAAACUGGAUCAUAUUACAUGAAAGGCACUGAUGUUUUUCUGAGCCCCUUCAUUGAUUUGGGACACGCAAGUGUGAACCUAUGGAUGAAUUUCUCUUCACAUGACACAGGAUUUUUUUACUCUCCAGAAUAAGAGAAGCUGAGAUUGAGUUAGAAGAAGAGAAUAGGUGGAUAAUAGUGAUCAGAAACGUAUCAUUGGUGAAGGGUUGACUCAAAGAACUCUAGGGCAAGAAUGUGUAAUACUUGACUGUGGGUUUUUACUCUCUGACAUAAAUACGUCCCCUCCUUAGACUCGUAAAUUUUUAGUCAAAAUAUGUUCUACACAAUAGGUCUUUAUGCAUGUUUACUUUGGGGAGGGGUUCGGAAGAUUCAAGGAGAAGGAGAGAAGGAGGUAACUGUGAGGUAGAGGUAAAAGAGUAAUUAAAGAUGUACACUAGGAAUUACUAAAAGCAGAGACUCUAAACUAGAGAUGAUCAUAAAAAUAAAGGUCACCUGAAAAUGCACAAAGAUGCUGAGAAGUUCUUGGCAACAGGAAUUUGAAUAAAUUUUAUCUAAACUUCAGUGAUUCUGGAGGCAAGAAUCCUGUAUUUUGGAGGUAAGAGAGUGCGUGUGUGUGCGCGCACGCAUGCAUGUGCUUGCUACUAUAACGUGAGGGUUAUAUUAAGUGGCAUUAUGUCUAGAGUCCCAGGAAUGCACUAAUGCUACCUUACUCAGGUCCCCUUCCCCUGGAAGCACUAAGGAAAGCAAAUUUAAUGGAAGUUGCAUUUUAUUUAAAAAUGCAUUCACUAAAGCCUUCAUUUAAUUUUAGAAUAGUAGAAGUAAAAACUAAUCCUAAGAAAAAAGAACAACCAUUUCUUCUUGCUAGCUAAAACCUAUAAUAAGUGAUACCACUGCAAACAAAGUGGGAAAUUAGCCCUCAGGUUUUGAAUUACUUAAUUUUUUCUUGAAAAAUUAUUAUUUGAAUCAUUUCAGAUUUUUAUAUAUUACUUUAGUAAUAUUUAAUAUCAUAUAAUUUACAUAAUCAAAAAUCACAUAUAUCAGCUGUGUAGUUGCCACAUACUAAUGAACUAGAGAUUUUGAAAGCAUUAAGUAUGUUAUUACCUAUAAAGUACUUAGCACACAGUCUGACACAUAGUAAGCAGUCAACAAAUGUUAAAAUUAGUGUUACUGUUAUUCCUAAAGCCCAAGGCAUAAAUCCCAGAUUAAAUGAUACCACAGAAAUGCAAUCAACAAAAUCUACAAUAUAGGAAGCUCUACUAGAAAACUGUAAAGUUGGCAGUUCAGACCCACCCAGCAGCUCUGUGGGAGAAAUACCUGGAAAUCUGCUCCCAUAAAGAUUAUGGCUAGGAAACAUAUGGGGCAUUUCUACUCUGUCAUAUGGGAUCACCAUGAGUUAGAAUCAACUCCAUGGCACCUAACAACAACAAAUUAGACAAACAACCCAAUUUUAUAAAAAAAUAAGUUGUAAGAAAACAUAUACAGGGAAACUACAAAUAGUUAAGAAAAAAAAGUCUUAAGAUAUGUAUCAACCAAAUUAUAGGCUUUGUUUGGAUCUAUAUUCAAACAAAACGUCUGUUAAGAAAUUCUUA